UCUUCAGCUUUUCUUGAUAUCGCUUUCUACGGACAUUUUACAUCAUUUAUAACCAUUCCACAGAUCUGUGAAUUAUCUGAUUGAGUCGUCUCUGAAGUCCACAAGACAUGGCCCUAGUUCUCCUUCCGGUGGCCAUUACCAUCGCCUCGCUCUCAGUCCCUGCGCUGUGGGCCAGACACUGCAGCCAAUCAGAGAGCCGCGUCUUCUACGCAAACGCUGGCCACGUCACUUCUUUUUGGGACGCGGUCCAAACGUGCUCUCGGCUGAACGGCUUUCUCGCCGAGUUCCCAACUCCGGCUGACGACACGACGCUGACCUACGUGAACAAAACGGCAGUGGCUCCGUAUGAGCCCCUGGUGGUGGGCGCCGUGUCGUUUGGCAGCACAUCUGUCUUCCGGUGGUACACGUCGGGCGAGAUCGUGGAGAAGAUUGGUGACGUAGACAGCGCCAUGAACGUCAGCCGCUCGGCGGGCACGGAGGGAGAGAAGAAGUGCUUUUUCCUUAUGGGGGGUCGCCUAGGCCGUGGCGUCUGCGAAGGCUGGGAGCCGCAACUCGUCCACGCGCUGUGCCAGAUAAACCUCCACGAGAAAAAGUUCCUAACCGGGGCCUGUACCCUGUGUAUGUGCCCGGGCAUGAGCAGACCGCAGUGUAGGAAAACGGUGUGCGGCUGGCCGUGCGCUGAGCUCAUCGAGACAACCACGUGUGAGUACUACCCAUGCAGGAGCAAUAAAACGUGA